AUGAGUUUCAUUCAGCGCAUUACCAAACGGCUGCCCAGUGCGCCUAGCCUCCCCUUAGAAGAUAUCUCCCGCGAAAAGGGCCACGGUUCGCCGCGCAAAAUCAGCGAAAAGCACGACAAAGUCUUCGCCACCGGCUGUAUGCCCAUCGAUGCCGCCGAAAUUGCGAAAGCCCCUCGUGCCAACGCUGCCUUUGUCGUUCUUGCGAGAAACAAGGAGCUGGAAGGUGUUAUCCAGUCUCUCAAGUCGAUCGAGCGUCACUUCAACCGCUGGUGGCACUAUCCUUACGUCUUUCUGAACGAUGGUGAUUUCGAUGAUGAUUUCAAGGCCACCGUGAUGAACUACACCAGUGCCCCCGUGGAAUUCGGCAAGAUCGAUAACUCCAUGUGGGGUUAUCCCGACUGGGUCGACGAAGAGGUCGCCAAGGAAGGAAUUCGGAAACAGGGUGAUGCCGCUAUUAUGUACGGUGGCAUGGAGAGUUAUCACCACAUGUGCCGUUUCUACUCCGGACACUUCUACAAGCACCCCCUCCUGAUGAAAUACGAAUGGUACUGGCGCCUGGAGCCCGAGAUUAAGUAUUUCUGUGACAUUACAUAUGAUCCCUUCCUCAAGAUGAUUGAGGCCAACAAGACGUACGGUUUCACCAUUGCUGUAAAGGAACUUCGCGAAACUGUUCCGAACAUUUUCCGUUACGCGUCAGCCUACAAGCGCAAUAAAAACCUGCCGUCCAAGGGCUUGUGGGAGAUGUUCUUGGAGCGUCCGGAAGAGCCCGCCGAGCCAGAGGCAGAGAAGCAAGAUAAAUUGCCUGAAGAAAUUCUUCAAAGUGAAGUCGGUGACAAUGGUCUUGAUGACAUUGACCCUGAGGCGAUGGAGGGUGAGAGCUACAACAUGUGUCAUUUCUGGAGUAACUUCGAGAUUGCCCGCCUGGAUUGGUUCCGCAGCAAGGAAUAUGAAGAUUUCUUCCAGAUGAUGGACCGCAGUGGAGGGUUCUGGAAUGAGCGUUGGGGUGAUGCACCGAUCCACUCCCUUGCAGCUGGUGCUCUUCUCGGUGUCAAGGAUAUUCACUACUUCCGCGACUUCGGAUACCGACACACCACCAUUCAACACUGCCCCGCCAAUGCUCCCGCGCGGCAAUUGCCCCGCGAACCCUACCUUGAGAGGACCACAGACGAUGAGAAAAAGCGGAUUGAAGAGGAUGAGUACUGGGCUACACCUGACCCGGUCAAGGAGAAUGGUGUUGGAUGCCGAUGCCGCUGCGAUACCGACAUUGUCGAUGUCGAAGGCAAGCAGGGCAGCUGCUUGUCCGAAUGGGUCGAGGUCGCCGGUGGUUGGGCCUCGCCGUAA